AUGCGCGAGCGACUUGAGAAGUCGGGGCAAAUGGGUAAAAUGAGAGCAAUGAUUGUGGAAGCGGCUCUCCAAGUCCUGUACAUAGAAGGUGCAGAAAGCAACAACAACAAUCAAUCUGACAAACAACAACAUUUUUUACCAAGCCCAUCUCUCAUAGAGGCCAAGUCCUCUUCUCAAGGGAUGGAGUUGCUCGUGAAUGUGUAUCAAUUCUUAGAGUACCUAGGUCUAGAAUAUACCGCUAGCGUGUUUCGCAUGGAAGCUGGUUUAUCAGCAGAAAGUUUGGGUGCAAUCAAGAAUAAUGACAAUCCUAAAUCGCAAUCUGCCUUUAUGGAACGGCUUAACUUUUCUGGCCUCGUUAACCUUCCUCAUACUGACACCAGCACCUUAAAGAAAUCCCAGAGUGACGUAGCGGCACAAACUUUGAAUAAGCCUAGUGUGAACUACGAUAAUAUUAAAGAAGAUUCGGUCAAUAAUCCGGAUGAAGAGCAGGUCGGUGGUGAAGAUAGCACCUAUAAUAUUUCUUCUUGGAAGAAUCGUAGCUUUGUGCGCGCCAAUGGCAUAGUGUCAGGACAGCAGGUCCAGCUAGAAUAUCUCACUGACUGCAAUAUAUUGAUUCUUGACCCUUUGGACAGCGUUACGGUGGAUGACUGUGAAGGUGGAGAACUUAUCAUUGCGGCCUGCGAAGGAAGUGUUUUUCUGCGUAAUUGCAAGGACAUGAACAUUCAUGUGGCAUGCAAGCAGCUGCGCGUGCGUGAUUGCGUGGGACUCAACAUCUGCGUUUUCACCACUACCGACCCAGUGGUCGAAAUGAGCCACCAUAUUACUUUUAGACCUUUUCACCUGCGUUUACCUGGACUCAAAAAGAGUUUUACCACAGCACGACUGGACCCAAAGCUAAACCGCUUCGUUCAUGUUUAUGAUUUCACUGCCAAUGAAGCAAAACUGUUACAGCCACAUUUUACCGUAAUGUACCCUGUCCACGGUGUGUCUUUAGAAUCACGCCACGCAGAAUAUGGAACUCCUGAGUGUCCGGAAGAAAUUGAGCAGCUGUUGAAAGGUACGCUGCUGCCCGCUGCCAGCUCUGAAUCUGGGGGAAACGAAAGCUACGACAUCAAGACUGGGUCGAAAAUAUGGGCUAGCAUGGGCGAUGCUGAUUCAGAAGAGAUUCAACAAUCUUCCACGGUACCAAGCGCUAAAUUUACUCCCAAAAGUAUAUCUCCUAUAAUUGAAGUAAAUAAAAGCGCAGGAAAAAAUGCCCUCAAUGAGGGGAGCAGCGCAAGUCACAUUGAAGUUCAAAAAACCAAUAUACGCUCGGAAAGUGGCUCUGCUGGACGACCACCAGCGGCACCCGUGACUCAGGUCGGAAUAGGUGGUGAUACAAAGAACACUGAAAUAAACUUAGAUGACCACGACUAUUCUUCUUUCGAGGACGAAAGCGUUUCCAUUAACAAUGACAAAUACGAAGUUGAGGAGGACGAUGAUGAUUUCUAA